AUGGAGUUUGCCAUGGUGGGUGCGGACGGCGGGUGCAAUAGUCACCUGCCUUACGGAUAUGCCCAAGCUCGCGCACGGGAGAGGGAGCGAGAGAGGGAGCGCCAGGUUGCCCAUUCGAGAGCGGCGGCUGCAGCGGCCGCAACCGAAGGUGUGUCCAGUGGUGAGGGAGGAGGCGGCAGCGGCGGUGGCGGUGGAAACGGCGGAGUGGGGGGGUCCACCUCCACCUCCUCCUCGAGCGCUCAUCUCCUUAACAACCGCCAGCAUCAGUCUCGCGCCGCCUCCUCCGCAAACGCCAACUUGAGCGGCGGCGGUACCGCCUCGCGCCCCUCCUCCUCCUCCUCCUCCUCCUCCUCCUCACAGCCGCCACAGCACCAGCAGGAGCCCGAGCAGCAGAGAGUUCUCAGAGAACGGAAAAAGCAGCACGGCGUCGGACGGUGGAGACGCAGCCGGACGACUCUCGGCGGGGACUUGCGCCACUCGGAGCUGGCGCUGCUCGGAUCCGAGGAGGACAUGAUGAUAGAGGAGGAAGAGGCAGAGGGAGCCGAGGAAGAGGAGGAGGAGGAGGUGGACCGGGGAAGUAAGAGGUCGAGUUUUCUGUGUAACAUGGAUGAUGACGAGGAGACCGUCUCACUCACUGACAGGCGCCCUCAGUCCGGAUACGAAAAUGUUUACAGUGAGUGCGGCUGCUGCGAGAGAGUUGUCAUUAACGUGUCGGGGCUGAAGUUUGAAACUCAGCUCAAGACUCUCACUCAGUUCCCGGACACUCUCCUGGGAGACCCUGACAAGCGAAUCAGGUACUUCGACCCGCUAAGGAACGAAUACUUCUUCGACCGGAACCGACCGAGUUUUGACGCCAUUCUUUACUUUUACCAGUCAGGGGGGCGGUUGAAAAGACCAGUCAACGUCCCGUUUGACAUAUUCUCUGAGGAGGUGAAGUUUUAUGAACUCGGGGAAGAGGCGAUACUCAAGUUUCGGGAAGAUGAGGGUUUUGUUAAAGAGGAGGAAAAACCUCUGCCAGAGGACGAGUUCAAGCGCCAAAUUUGGCUGCUUUUUGAGUAUCCGGAGAGCUCGAGCCCUGCCAGGGGGAUAGCAGUCGUGUCCGUCUUGGUUAUAGUAAUUUCUAUUGUCAUUUUCUGCUUGGAGACGCUGCCGGAGUUCAGGGAUGAAAAAGAGUAUCUACAGCCACGACACAACUCCUCUCAACCUGACCACGGAUUUACUCCUUUCAACGACCCGUUUUUCAUCGUGGAAACGGUUUGCAUCAUCUGGUUCUCCUUUGAGAUUAUAGUCCGUUUCUUUGCGAGCCCGAGCAAACCGGCUUUCUUUAAAAACAUUAUGAACUCAAUAGACAUUGUAUCCAUUUUGCCUUAUUUCAUAACCCUCGGCACAGACCUGGCGCAGCACCAAGGGAACGGGCAGCAAGCGAUGAGCUUUGCCAUCCUGAGAAUUAUCCGCCUUGUGAGGGUUUUUCGUAUCUUCAAACUAUCCAGGCACUCCAAGGGGCUGCAGAUCCUGGGCCAUACCCUGCGCGCUAGCAUGAGGGAGCUGGCCCUCCUCAUUUUCUUCCUGGUCAUAGGUGUCAUCCUGUUCUCCAGUGCGGUGUACUUCGCCGAGGCGGACGAGCCCACCUCUCAGUUCACGAGCAUCCCCGACGCUUUCUGGUGGGCCGUGGUGACCAUGACAACAGUGGGCUACGGUGACAUGAAGCCCAUCACUGUUGGAGGAAAGAUAGUGGGCUCCCUCUGCGCGAUCGCGGGCGUGUUAACCAUCGCACUCCCGGUGCCGGUCAUAGUGUCCAACUUCAACUACUUUUACCACAGGGAGACCGAUAACGAAGACCAGACGCCAGUGGUGGAGAGCAUGCCCCCAAGCUGCCCGUAUUUCCCGGACUUUCUAAGGAAAUUCAAAGGCUCACCCUCUGGCUCCUCACUGGGUGACAAAGCGGAGUAUAUGGAGAUGGAGGAGGGGGUGACAGAGUCGCUUUGCGGGCUGGACAAGAGCCCCAGUAAAGGAAAUGGCACAGACAUAGGCAGGAAAAACAGUACUAACUCAAAAUCCAUUCAGACUGACGUGUGAUUACAAGUAGAGUUUCGUCUUUUUCCUUUUUUUCUAAAGAA